CUGGGGCACAAGAUUUGAACAAGGUGCUGCUCGGUGGGUUCCUGGACCCCUGAGUUGGGACAUUUAUGAGUCUCAGCUCCUUGGCUGAUGAAGAGACUUACCUCUGGGAGCUGGAGGAGAGGAUUUCUUGCCUCCCACAUCCAGGACCCCAAGGGCUGCUGCUGUGGAGGUUUGGUGAGUGAGUGUGGACGACUCAUGGGCUGGUACAAGCCUUGGUCUUGUUUCUCUGAUUCUUGGUCUUAUCUUCUGUUUGUUUGUGGGCUAUUUGUUUCUUGAUCAGUGACACGUAAACUGCUGGAGCUAUAAGCAGGAGACCACACUUGGCUUGGGUGCUCAGAGGCACAUAAAUUUAUGCCAAAGAUGUUUUUGGAGGGUGCAGCCCCAGGCAUGGGGGAUUAGCCAUUGAGACUUGGUUUGGCAGGAAGCAGCCCCUGGCAUUAAGGGAGAUCACUGAAUUUGGGUGCUUAGAUUUUGUUUAUUUGGAUGCCUAGAUUUUGGUUAUUUGGGUGCUCAGUGACACAUAAAGCCAUUGAGACUUGGUCGCCUAGGCUUGGCCCUAGCCCCCAGUAUGAAACAGCGCUGGCCAUGAUUCCCAGCCCCCAGGUGGUUGAGGAUUUUGAACUCCAGGUGGAAACAUUAGUGGCUGAGAUUUCUAGGCCUCUGCUUGUGGGUCCUGUGCUCCCCCUCCCCUUCCUGCUAGAGUUUGCAGUUUUUGCACUUGCCUUUCCCUCCCCAGUGGAGCCUACAACUUGGCCACUCCCUCCUCUUCCUCCCCCUCUGUCAACUUGUCAGAAAGCUGAGAACAAGCCCCUUAUGCCUAUGAAUCCCACAAAAUGGCCUUCCCACCUCAUAUCAUGAGUGAUGUGAACUUCAGGCAGGGUGUCCCUACCUCUGGAGGGCAAAGGCAGGGACAGUGUCUUCCCACAAGGGCCAGUGGAGAUAGACACAAGGUGUGAGCAGUCUCCUUUCUCUACUCCAGAUCUACACAAUUAACUGGGUCCCCAGUUAUCAAGAGGAUCCCAGGAAAAUGAAAAACUUGCUUAAUUUUUGUUAUGCAUAAUCCAAAGUGGGCUGAUAUGCAAACUUUAUUAAAUACUCUAUAACCUCAGAAGAAAGGAGAAUUAGAAUGAAAAGGGCUCAGUUAUACUAAUUCUUUAACCAAUGAUAAACCAGAAAAUCCAGUUCAUGCCCCAGGAAAUCUUGCUCUUCCACAAGUAGUCCCCUAUUGGGACCCAAGAAAACAAGCUGGCAGAACAAAAUUCAUGCAUAAUUGUGAGAUUAAGAAAUGGAGUUCCUAGACAAAAUAACUUUAUUGAAAUUGAGGAGGUUGUCUAACAGCUGGAUGAAAAUCCAUCAAUGUUUUUAGAAUGAUUAUUCAAUGCUUACCUUAAAUUUACUAAUAUAAGCCCAGAGGACCCAAUAAAUCAAUGCAAUGUAAAUCAGUCUUUUAUUUGUCGGAGUGCCCCUGAUGUUUGUUGGAAAUUACAGAAAUUUAAGGUGGACUUAAGUUACCAAUCUCAGCCCUGGUGAAAAUUACAUUUAAAGUGUUCUAUAAUCAUGAUGCAGCUCAAGAAAAGGAUGGAAAGAAAGCCAUCACCUAUAAAGCUAACUGGAAUGCCAAUGUCUUAAAAACAGCAGCAAAAGGAGUUUGUGAAAUGUAAAACCCUCAGGGCUCCAAGGAAACUGCUGGGCUCCAGCUUAUGCAUAUUGCUGGGGGAAGGGAUGUUGGAAAUGGGAAUGUCCCAGCUUGAUGCAAAGGUAAACAGGGGACCCCAGCAAUUCAGUGUCCACAGCUGACAGGAGAUGAGGACAGUGACUUGUAGUGAUGGGGUCUUGGGGCACUUUCUACCCAUCAGGAAACCAUCCUUGUCACCCACAAAGAGCCUUGGGUCUUACUCCAAGUGGGUAAGAACUUAGUAAAUUUUCUGGUAAACAGGAGGCUUAAUUGCUCUUAAAAGGAACCAGUCUUUGUUAUGGGCAUGUCUGAAGUUGCUAAUGACUUCUCCCAGCAUCAGCAAUGCCAAAUUGGAAAAAGGUCAAUUGACUUACAAAGUUCUUUACAAGUUUCUCUCUCUCUCUUCCCCCCCCCCCCCCCCCCCCGAAUGAAUGCAAGUUCAAGUUCUGACUGUAGGAGCGGGCCUACAGACUGCAUUGAAAGAUCCAGGGGAGCCACAACUGCCUAAGGAAGAAGGGCUGUGAAAUAUCCUCCAGCAUUGGAUGCUUAUUGCUCAGACUGUCUGAGAGUGAAAAACCAGAGGAAAAUGGUUGAUGGCAGAAGUUUGAUGAUGCAAACACUGGAAUCAGUGAGCUUCAAUGAUGUAGCUAUAGACUUUGAUGCUGAAGAGUGGGCCUUGAUGGACACAACCCAGAGAAACAUGUUCAGAGAUGUCAUGCAGGAGAGUAUCAAUCAUCUGGUGUCAGUGGGGUAUCAGCUCUGCAAAUCAGAAGUGGUUUCCCAAUUGGAACAAGGAGAGGAACUGUGGAGAGGAUUAGGAUUUCUUCAAGGACAGAGUAUGAGCAGACAAAAUGAGCCCAGAAAAGAAGAACUGAUAAACAUGCCGUGUGUCUGUGAUAAGGACAAAUAUACUAUUCAGUUAAAGCAGAUUUCUAACAUUGGAGGGGAUCCCUUUGAAAUUAAUGAUAUGGGAGAAGAUUUAAUUCACUCCACAUUGUCUGACAUAGAAACAAACCCCUAUCUAAAUGAACAAUUUCAGAAAGCUAUCAAUUACCAGUCAUUCUUUAGUAGACAUAAGCAAAUUCAUUAUGGAAGUAACCACAUUCUUCCACAUGUCUGCCAUCUAUGUGGGAAAUCCUUCACUCGAUGUCAUACCCUUAAGGAACAUGAGAGAAGUCACACUGGGGAGAAACCAUACAUCUGCCAUCUAUGUGGGAAAUCCUUCAGUCGAUGUCGUAAGCUUAAGGACCAUGAGAGAUGUCAUACUGGGGAGAAACCAUAUGUUUGCCAUCUUUGUGGUAAAUUCAUCAAUAGUAAGUUUAACUUCACAGAACAUGUGAGAACACACACUGGGGAGAAACCAUAUGCCUGCCAUCUGUGUGGGAAAUGCUUCAGUCAUUGUGGUAGCCUUAGGGAACAUAAGAGAAUUCACACUGGGGAGAAACCAUAUGCCUGCCAUCUAUGUGGGAAACCCUUCCGUCAUAGUAGUAGCCUUAAGAUACAUGAGAGAGCUCACACUGGGGAGAAACCUCAUGUUUGUCUUCUAUGUGGGAAAGACUUCACUAAUAGGUUUGGACUCAAACAACAUAUUAGAAUGCACACAGGGGAGAAACCAUACAUUUGCCAUCUAUGUGGGAAAUCCUUUAGUCAUUGUAGUAACCUUAGGAAACAUGAGAAAACUCACACUGGGUAAAAACUGCCCAUCUGCCAUCUAUGUGGGAAAUCCUUCAGUCAUCAUGGUGGCCUUAGGCAACAUGAAACAACUCACACUGGUGAGAAUCCAAAUGUUUGCCAUCUUUGUGGUAUAUACUUCACUCAUAUUUCUAUCCACAGACAACAUAUGAGAAUGCACAAUGGGAAGAAACCAUAUCUCUGCCAUCUAUGUGGGAAAUCCUUCAGUAAAUGUGGUAGCCUUAGGGAACAUGAGAAGUCUCACACUGGGGAGACACCCAUAUGUAUACCAUCUCUGCAGGAGAUCCUUCAGUCAAAGUGGUAAACUUAGGCUACAUGAGAGAACUCACACUGGGGAGAAACCAUAUGUCUGCUGUUUAUCUGGGAAAUCCUUCAUUCAGUGGUGGAACCUUAGGGAACAUGGGAGAACUCACACUGGGGAGAAACCAUAUGUAUGCCAUUUAUGUGGGAAAGACUUCAGUUAUAGUUUUAGUCUCAACUGACAGGUGAGAAAUCACACAGGGGAGAAACCAUUGGUCUGCAAUUUAUGAGGGAAUCAUUCCGUCAGUGUGGUACUGUUAGGCAAUUUGGAAGAACUCAUACUGGGAAGAAACCAUAUGUCAGCUUUUUCUGUGGGGAAGCCUUCACUGAUAGACUGAUCCGCAGACAACAUGAGGUACUAACACUGGAGAGAAAACAUGUCCGCCAUCUAUGUGUGAAAACUUUUAGACAAAUCUGCCAUUGGGAACAUCAGAGAACUCGUUAAAUAUGCUGUGCAUGUGGAACAGUUUUCAGACACACCUACCACCUUUAAAAAGUAAACAAAACAACUCACACUUGUGUAAAUCUCUGUCAAUGUAAUCAGUGUCUAAAUGCCUUUAUUUACAAUCUGUCCUUAAUAAUGUGAUUGCUCUAUCCUGGGAGGAGCACUGUGUAAUUACCUAUAAUAGAUUUCAGCUCAUCUCCAGCUUGGUGUAUACAAGCAUAGCUCAGAGUAGGAAUAACUCCAAACCAGAAAACUGGAUAGGAAAUACAUUACCAGUAGGAACAAAUUCUAAGAGAACUCAAGGAGAUAAUUAUUGAUGGAAUUAUUACUCAAUGAAGAAAUGUGUGAAAUCCUUAAAUUACAGAGCCAUGUGUGCAAUAUACAUGAAGUUUCACAUUUUAUACAUUAUUCUCUCUAUAUAUAUGGAUUGAAGAAAAGUCUUGGGUAGCUUUGAAUUUAUCCAUCAAUGCUUAAUUUCCCAUACUGAGGAAACAACCCUAAAAUCAAAUCAAAGUGUGUUCAGCUGGAGUUCACCUCAGGAAUAUGAGACUGGGGAAAACAUCUAACAAGAAUGCUUCACAGAACAAUUCAACCAUGAUUUCAGAGUUUUGCCUACUGAACUAUUAAUGAAAACUCAAUUAAAAUGUAGGAUAGUGAAGUGAUCUGGGAGUGCUGAAUGCAGAAUUUUGUAAUGAGUUGUAGGCAAUGAAAUCAAAGUUUUUCUCAAUGUACUUGCUAAUAAUUAUGAGGUAAAAGCUGUACCUGAAAAUUCUAUGAUGUUAGUCAGCUUCAAUUUGUUCACACAAUUAUGAAUGUAAAUAUAAUGACUCUGUUAAACCAGGGAACUUUGAACAUUAACUGAAUAAUGUAUAGAACAAGAUUUUGUGUCAUAAAUCUUAUGUGCACUGAACAGGUAUGAAUACAGCAAUAAUG